AUGAAGCGCGUGCUGUCCACCAACAAGCAGCUGAAGCAGAUGCGCGUCGGCGCGGGCAUGGCGCUGCGCGACUUCCUGCCGGCCGCGUCGAGGGCCAAGCUGUCCGUCCCCCGGGCUCUGCUGCCGUGGUGGGGCGACCUCAACAUUGGGGGCAUCGUGUCGGUCGCUGGCCAUGGGAGUGGUCAGGGCGCCCCCGUCGAGGUGUGUGAAAUCGUGACGUCCAUAACCUGGGUGGACGCGAGUGGCACAGUCCGAACAAGCGACAGCACCACAGAGGAGUGGCGCGCGCUCUGUGGCGGCAUCGGGCUCCUUGGCAUCAUCACCGAGGUGACCUUCCAGCUCACGGAUUCGACCAACACCCAGAUCUCAACCAGGAUCCAGGUCAGCGAUGCCAACCUCGCCAGUGAUCUCAACGACGAGCUGAUCUCCAAGGCGAUAACGCUUUAUUGGAGGCCCGACUUUGGGGUCUACACCGCCCACCUCCAGACGGACGCACCCUCCGGCAAAGACAAGAGCCUCAACAUCACAAAGGGCGCGCGCGGCGUGAUCGUGCCGCAGCUGGACCCGGACGCCAACGCCCGCAAGACCCAGGGCGCCGGCCUCAAAGCAGUGAGCACGAUCCCCUUCUUCGAGCUGCCCUAUGACAACGGGGAGAGCCUUGUCUGCCAGAGCGCCAUUGGGAUCACGACCACCCCCUGGGCCCAGGUCAGCACGUUCCCGCCAAAGACAAAGGGCAAGCGCGCUGUUGACAUCUUCGACGGCAGGGUGGUGACGAACGACGUGCAGACGUUUGUGUGCUCCAACAACAAGGUGGAGCUGUGCUCGUUCUCCAACCCGGAGCUCGACGCCACCAACUCGGACACGGAGAUGGCUGUGGAGAAGGCGCGCAUACCGGAGCUGAUCGCAGACGUCAAGAAGCUCAUCGCUGUUGACCUGCGCGGCUACGGCAACGUGCCCGACGGCUCCAAGCGCUGCCUGCCGCCAGGCUACUUCAAUUUCCGCUUCACAAACCCCAGCAAAACGCUCAUCGGCCCAGGCGCCGGCCUGGCUCAGCCUGUGCAUGCGGAGCUGACUGUGAUCUACAGCCGCAGCAUCCCCGGGAGGCCUUUCAGGUACGAGUGGGUGCAGGAGAUAUUCGAGCAGCUGCUGCUCUGCAAGUACAACGGCCGGCCACGGUCCGUGCUGCACUCCUACGCUGCUCCCUCUGUUGGGCUGUAG